AUGGCCUACAACCCCCUUUCACUCUUCCCCCUCCCCAUACAGGCCGCGGACCCAAAGCCCGUUCCCUCCGCCCUCGCGGUCGACGGAUAUGCCGACAUGCUGUGGGUUGGCAGCGCGGGCGGGCUCGUCAGUGCCUUUGCGAGCCCGCUCACGCUCACGCGCAACGUCCAGUUUCCUGCUCAUGGCACGUCCAAGGCUCGCGAAUUUGUCCCCAUACCAGGGAUACAUGCGGGUGUGCGCCAGAUCCGUGCCACGGACCGCGAGGUAUGGACCCUCGCCGAAGGAGGCAUCAGUGGACGGAAGCGCGGCGGUGCCCCGCGAUGGAGCGUAACCGAUGUGACGCGCUCGCUGAGAGCCAUGACGCCCGCGCCGACCAACUCGCACGAGGUCUUAGCCGGCGGCACGGGACAGAUGCUGCUCAUCAACAAUGCACGCGGUGAUAUCGUCCGAAGAUUUGAAUCACCCAGCACUGUCGUGCACCUCGGCACGCUGGCGCGGUCGAUUGUUUGCGCGUCAGGCUCGGGCCAGGUGUCGCUCCUCGACCCCCGGACGGGGUUCAGGCCAGCCGCCAACGUCACGCCCGUCCAGGCGCACACGGGUGGGAUGAGCGGCGCCGACGCACAGGGCAACCUCAUCGCGACUUGGGGUUGGACGCACAUGCAGGGCCACCCACUACCAGAUCCACUCGUGCGACUGUACGACACGCGCACUCUGCGCGCUCUCCCAUCCAUCAGCUUUAGCGCUGGCCCAGCAUUUGUCCACCUCCACCCCUCCGAUCCGUCCAAGCUCGUGAUCGCGAGUCAGUCGGGCAUGCUUCAGAUUGCCGACAUGAACGCGGGCACCAACGAGUUCCAGCAGCUCGACGUCAACACGUACAUCACGUCCAUGUCGUUGUCCCAGCGCGGUGACUACCUCGUGUUCGGUGAUGGUGACGGCCAGUUACACCUGUGGACACAGCAUGACACGGGCGACGGUGCGGCCUUAGACGUUAAUGGCAACCUCGACCUUCCACCUUUCAACGGGUACGAGGGCAUCAAGCCCGAGUGGCCCGAUCCCGUCGAACCCCCAAAUCUGAUGACGUUGGAGGACCCGUUACCGCUCAACGCUGUUGGAGUGCCACAAUACGAGGAUCCACUGCUCUCUAACUUCUCCCCUGCCGACUACGCCACCGUCUACUCCCCCUUCUUUAAUCCGCCAGAACCUAUUCCCCAGUCGAUCCUCGCCACCCUCCAGUACCAGGACUUUGUCGGAUACGGCCAGCUGCCCAAAGAGUUCAAGGGCCGGCGCAACGUGGUCACCGCGCGCGCUGGUGCCGGCAAGCAGUGUCUACCGCGCGGCGCUAUCGGGAAUCGCCGCGAGAGCGAACCGCGCUUUCGCUCCGAGAAGGAUCGCGUGCGCCGAAAGCCGUCUGUCCAGGAGAUCGACGAAGAGACGCCGGCCGGCCAGGUGCCCAAGUACUACCGCAAGGUUGCGAUCAAAUACUCGCGCUUCGGCAUUGAGGACUUCGACUUUGGUUUCUAUAACCACACGGCCUAUUCAGGUCUCGAGACUGACAUCUCCAACUCGUACACGAACGCGCUGUUGCAGGCGCUGCAUUACACACUCCCAAUCCGCGCCGUCGCCAAAGCACACAUUUGCGUCGACUGCCAGAAGGAGGCGUGCCUGCUUUGCGAAGCGGGCUUCCUCUUCCGCAUGCUUGAGGAUGCAAAGGGCACAAACUGCCAGGUAUCUAAUUUCUCUCGCGCGUUCAGCGCGACGCCGCAGGCCACGGCGCUAGGCCUCAUGGAUUCCAACGACAAACUCCCUCAGUACAACCUCAUCCAGAACUUUAACCGGUGGCUCCUCUCGACGUUUACGACCGAGAGCGUCGUCAAUGGCAAGAGCUUCAACCUGCGUGCGUCCGAGAUUGACAACCUCUCCCUUGCCUCCCCACCGUCUGCUAUCAACCAGGUCCUCGGCAUCGCUGUCAAAACGACCAACACGUGCCUGGCAUGCAAUUACGUCUCGACGCGCGAGAGCGACCUCCAAACCGUCGACCUCGCGUACCCGCGCAAGGCGGCCGAGGCCGGCACCUUCGCCGAUGUGCUGUGCUCGGCCAUUGUGCGGUCAAGCACCACCAAGGCGUCGUGUCCCAACUGCAAGCAGUUUGCGCCGCUCGAUUCAAAGCGCGACCUCGCGGGCUCACCCGAGCGCAGCCUGCCGCCUGUGCUGAGCGUCAACGCAAUGGUGAGCACCCCGGAACAGCUGGAGAUCUGGCGCGAUCGCACUGAGGGUGGCAAACUGAAGCGCUUCCUCCCGCUCUCAGUCGCGUUCCAGGAGGGGCCCAAGGGUCUCGUGGCCGAGAACAACGGAGACUCAGGCAUUAUCUACGACGUCAAGUCAGUGGUUGCGCAGGCGCAGAACGCGCCGGAGAACCCGGCCCACCUCCUCUCCUUUGUGCAUGUCACGGACGACCAGUGGGUCAUGUUCAACGACUUCUUGGUGCGCCCUGUCAAGGAGGAAGAGGUCUUUUCCUUUGCCGACUGGAAGGUGCCGGCCAUCAUCAUGCUCGAGCAACGCGACAGCGGCUCGCUUCUCGACUACUCGCGCCUGCCCAAGGAGCUCGAUUACGAGGUCCUCUUCAAGGACCAGAACUUGGCGAACCAUCGCAAUCCUGCAAUGAUACAGGCCGAGAUGCUCACUCCUGAUGAGCUGCCCAAGCCGGGGACGCUGAUCAGUAUCGACGCUGAGUUCGUGGCACUGCAGCAGGAGGAGCUCGAGUUCCGGUCGGACGGCACGAAGAAGAUCCUCCGCCCUUCCCACAUGUCGCUGGCACGCGUCUCCGUGUUACGUGGACCCGGGGAGAAGGAAGCUGUGCCGUUCAUCGACGACUACAUCUACACCAAGGAGGCGAUUGCCAACUACCUUACCGAGUUCAGCGGGAUCAAGCCAGGCGACCUGGACCCGAACAGCUCGAAACAUACCCUCGUGGCCCUAAAGGUCGCGUACAAGAAACUACGGCUACUUGUGGAUCUGGGGUGUAUCUUUAUCGGGCACGGGCUGAGCAAGGACUUCAGAACAAUCAACAUCUUCGUUCCUCCAGAACAAGUCCUCGACACCGUCAACCUCUACACGAUCCCUGGUCGCAGCCGCAAGCUCAGUCUCCGCUUCCUCACCUGGUUCCUCCUCAAGAAGGAGAUCCAGAGCAAGGAGCAUGACUCUAUCGAAGACGCGCGCUACGCCUACCUCCUCUACAAGAAGUAUCGGCAGUUUGAGGACGAUGGCCGCUUCGAGGACGUGAUGGAGGACAUUUUCGCCGAGGGCCACAAGACAGGCUUCAAGCCCAAGAAUGAGGCCGACGCCGCGCGCGCAGACACGCCGACCCCGGGCACGCCGACGUCGUCCAGUCCAGCUCCGGGACCAGCCCCACCAAAUAAUGGCGCGUUCCCGCCGCUUCAGAAUGCGAGGAGAACCAAGUAUGGCCGGGGCCAGUGGGCGCCGUCUGCGCCAUUCGUACCAGGACAGCGGCGGUGGUAG